AUGGCAGACACACAGCAAAUCACCGGACGCGCCCUAGUCUCUCACGGCCCCUACCAGGCCGGCGGUUGGAAGCUUCAGAACGUCACCCUGCGACCCCUGCGAGAGAACGAACUGCUUGUUGAAGUGGUUGCCUCAGGUGUCUGCCAGACUGAUCUGCAUUUUGCUGGUCUGGAGAGUGGCCAUGGCGUACAUUAUCCGCGAGUGAUGGGUCACGAAGGUGCCGGAUAUGUUCGUCAGGUCGGGCCCAACGUCACCGCAGCCCGAGUCGGCGACCCAGUGCUCUUAUCAUUCUCCGCAUGCCAGACCUGCCAAUGCUGUCGUCGAGGUCAUCCUGCACACUGUCACAAUUUCGAUCCUAUUAAUUUCGAGUCCACUCAAGCAAACCGCGUCUUCUGGGACGCUGAUGCGGACUUAUCAACAGUCUCUACGGAGCCGAACAUUUCUGGACAGUUCUUUGGGCAGUCGAGCUUUGCUAGCUGGACACUAGUGCAGGAGGAAUCGGUGGUGAAUGUCUCCGGGCUGGUGGAGGGAAGGGAGGACCUUCAGCUGCUGGCGCCAUUGGGAUGUGGUGUCCAGACAGGUGCAGGUGCUGUUAUCAAGGCAUCAAACGCACAGCCCGGGGAUACUGUAGCUGUUCUCGGAUUGGGAGGUGUUGGGUUGAGUGCGGUGAUGGGAGCGCGUAUCGCUGGUUGCAGGACAAUCAUCGGUGUGGCGCGAAAUCCGGCCCGUCUUGAGUUGGCGCUGGCGCUUGGGGCAACGCAUGUUGUUCGAAUUGAUUCAAAUUCUGAUGAAUAUCACGUAACAGAGGCGGUUCGUGCCCUUACUGAUGGUCUAGGCGCAGACAUGACGUUGGAGACUACAGGGGUGCCGAGUUUGAUCGCUGAGGGCAUUCGCAUGACAGCUAACAAGGGGAGGAUUGUUCAGCUUGGAACAGCACCGGAAAAUGCACUGCUUAGCAUUCCCGUUCAUGAGUUUAUGGUCGCUGGAAAGCAAUACAUGGGGGUUGUGGAGGGAGACGUUGUCCCUAGAGAAUUCGUGCCUAAGAUGAUUGAGUGGGUCAAGACGGGACUACUUCCUUUGCAUGAAAUCGUGGGCUUUUAUCAAGCAGACGACUACAGGACAGCGAUAAGCGACAUGAAGAGUGGGAAGACCAUCAAACCGGUUCUUUUAUGGUAA